AUGGCGAUCACCUACCUGGGUUUGGUUCAACUGGUGACAAACCAGGCCAGCUUCACCCAUGGAGAUGGAAGACGAGGAGAGAAGGAAUUGUCAAUAACAGCCCGAUAUACGAGUCCGGCCCAAGAAAUCCGCUCGAUUGCCCAAGAUCAGCCGGAGCUGCGGCGCCCCAUCGUGGACGAUGCCGUCGCAAGUGUCACGUUGGAGCAUCCGGUUGGCUUCUAUCUUGUAGACAGGCGUGAGUUUAAGGCCCUCUAG